AAAUUUAAAUAAAUAACAUUGUGAUGAUAUGGAUUUUAUUGUAUGUAGUAAUAUAAUUCUACAUAAAUUUAUGAUAUAAAAUAUAACGUAACAUAUACAUAUACAUAACAUAUUUGCUAUUGCCACUUAUAUAAUCUUUUACAGUUAUACAUAUUUCAAGCGUGCACUUAUAAAAAUUGCAAUAUUUUCAAUGUGUCAUAAUUAAAUUUUUCUUGCUUAUUUUUUAAACUUUAUAUAACAUUUAAAGUAGCUGUGUAAUAUUUUUGAGCGAGAGUUUUGAUUUUUUUGAUUGAGAAUAUGAAUAUACAUGAUUUUCCAAAUAACUUAAUUGAUUGUUUUUCAUAUACAUAAGAUGACUCGUUUUGAAUCUAUAAACGUAAACUACUCGUACACCAUUUGAUGUAAAUAAAUAGUUUUUCACUGUAUACGGACACAUAAAGCUCAUACGAAGAUGACACGUUUUUGUAUUAUCUAUAUACCAUAUUACCUAUAUAUUACCUAUAUACCACAUUAGCCUAUUUAUAUCGAAAAACCACUAGUUUAGCAGAUAUCUUAACUUUAAUUUAGUCAAAUUUAAUGUAUGAAAGACAAGGAAAGACGCGGAGCGGUAUUCUUGUGUUUACGUUGUCCUUGGUUAUGCGUCGUCUUUAAGAGAACUACUUACACCAGCUUAUGGCCCUCUCGAAACCAUUCACUUCUUAUCUGAACUAUUUUUUUGUACAAUUGAUACAUUGUUGUAUGAGUAAUUUGCGUAUAUAAAUUAAAAUCGGUCACUCUGUAUAUACAGUGUUAUUGAACUGGUAGUACAAACCGAAAGGAAGUGAAUCUACAUGAAAAAACAAGUCAAACACAUGUAAUAAAAUCCUUUCAUAAGAAUUACAUUCUUUUUUUUCCGAGAAAAAUAAAUUUGAAAAUUUAUUAUGCGCGUGUACCAAGAUAGCUCUUAACUAAACAUAUGCAAACUCUAUUUUCUUGAAGACAAGGCUUGAAACAGAAAAAUUUUAUUUUAAAAUGUAUCAUUUACGCAUAUUUAGUUCAUAAUUAAAGUUUAAGCAUACUUGACAAAUUUUUUAAUUCAAUUUUCUCGAAAACAAUAUGACAAAAUUUUAUUCUAUAUAUUUUUAACUUUACUUUUCAUGCAUUUAUUUUCUUUUGGUUUGUACCAUCUGUUCAGUAACACCCUGUAUAUUAGAUUUACUUAUUUAGGUUUUUAUCUAUAUGACAUAUAUACAAAUAUCAUAAAAAUGUUAUUUAUAUAUAAUAUAUAUAUAUAAUAGAAAUGUUGAGUAAUAUAUAAAUUCGCGCACGCGCACAGAUAAAGAUCUUGUUGCAUCGCCAUUCUGUUGUGGUCAAACAAAUUCGACAGUACAUCAUCAUCUUUUCAAAUUGUAAUGUGUGUUAGUAAAAUUUUUCGAGAACAACAAUUUUCAUAAUAGUUAUACCUAAUAACUUAGUGAAUAAUAAUGUGUCGUAAAAAGAAAUAUCAUGGAAUAACAAUUUUUACAGUUCGCUAUUUUGUUACCGAACUAUUAAAAAAAGAAAUUAUCUGACAACAGUGCGAUUGAAAUAUUAUUAUUAUUAUAAAAGAAACUCAUGCUAUUUUGAUAAAUAACGUAAUAAUGUAUUAAUUAAAUAAGGUAUUUGAAAAGUUUUCCAAUCACUCGAAUAAAAUAUACCGGCAUGGUAUCAGUUAAUCGAUCAAAAUAGUAUAUUCAGAAUCUGCAGAUUUCAUCUAACCAUGUGCAGUCACGGCACACUGAUCCGUGUCCCAUGAAUACGUCGUCCAUGAAUAUUGCAACAUUACUAACAACGGAGCAAAUAUCUUCUUGAAGCAGGAUGGUGUACAGAUGGGAAAAUGAUUGGCAUCACGGAACCAAGAAGGGUUGCGGCUACAUCUUUAUCUAAUCGUGUUGCUGAUGAACGCAAUUGUAUUUUAGGCACCGAAGUUGGUUAUUCUAUACGUUUCGAUAAUUAUACGGAUGAAACGACAAAGAUCAAGUAUAUGACAGAGGGAAUUCUGCUUCGUGAAUUAAUGAGCGAUCCUUUGUUGACAAGUUAUUCUGUAAUCGUGGUGGAUGAAGUACAUGAAAGGACCCUUCUUACGGAUAUUAUUAUGGGACUUCUGAAAAAAAUAAUCCGGAAACGAAAAAGUUUACGAAUUGUCGUUUGUUCCGCUACGGUCGAUGCAGAACAGCUUCGAGAUUUUUUCAAUACAAAUACAACGAAGGAUUCCGCAAAAGAUACUGCAAUUAUACUUACCGUCGAAGGUAGACUUUAUCCAGUGGAUAUUUUCUACAUUAUAGAGCCAGUAGCUAAUUACGUGACCAGUGUCAUAGAUACUGCUUUGAAGAUUCACGAAAAUGAAGAACCUGGUGAUAUUCUAGCGUUUCUUACGGGUUUGGACGAAGUAGACCAAGCAGUUUCUCUUUUAUCAGAGCAUGCAAAGCUCAUAAAGGAAGGCAAGCAGAAACUUUUACCUCUGGCUAUGUACGGAUCUCUUCCGAACUCAGAACAACUGAAAGUAUUUUGGAGGGCUGCCAAAGACACUCGUAAAGUUAUCGUAGCCACAAACAUUGCAGAAACAUCUAUCACUAUUCCAAAUAUUGUUUAUGUUAUUGAUUGUGGCUUUGUAAAAAUUCCAUGGUAUGAGGCUGAAACUCAGACAAAUUCUCUCGUAAUUGUUCCUGUGUCCAAAGCAUCCGCGAAUCAACGUGCUGGUCGAGCGGGUCGUGUCCGAACAGGAAAAGCAUACAGAUUGUACACAAAGGAAGCAUACUCAGAACUAUUUGAGGCAACGCCGCCAGAAAUGCAACGCUCGGAUUUAGCACCGGCGAUCUUACAAUUGAAAGCUUUAGGAAUUGAUAAUGUAUUAAGAUUUAAUUUUCCUUCUGCUCCACCAAGUAAAAAUCUUCUUACUGGACUGGAAUUACUUUAUGCAUUAGGAGCAAUUGACAGUAAUGGAGAAUUAACGACACCAUUGGGCGUAACAAUGGCAGAAAUGCCAUUGGAGCCUGUUUUGGCAAAAUCUCUUAUAGUAUCAGGUGAAAUGGGAUGUUCCGAAGAAUUAUCAACGAUUUUAGCUAUGCUUCAAGUACAAAAUGUUUUUGUAAGACCUGCAGGAGGCCAAGCUGCUAUAAAGGCAAGAAUAGCGCAUAGAAAAUUCGAAGUUGAGGAGGGAGACUUAUUAACGUUGCUCAAUGUAUAUACCGCUUAUGAGAAAAAUAGAACACUUAGUUGGUGUCAAAAACAGUUUCUUAAUAACAAAGCUUUACGCAGAGUUACGGAAAUUCGAACGCAAAUGCAUUCUAUGAUGAAGAAAUUAGAUAUACCGUUGGUUUCGGCUAAUGGAAAUUUACAACAAAUUCUAAAAUGUAUAACUGCUGGACUUUUUCCGAAAGCGGCGUACUUGCAUUACACUGGAGUAUAUAAAACAGUACGUGGAAAUAAGGAUUUGUAUAUACAUCCAAAUAGCUGUUUAUAUACACUUCAGCAACCUCAAUGGCUACUAUUUUACGAAGUUUUGCAAACAAACAAAACGUAUAUAAAGGACAUAACUGUGAUACAACCAGAGUGGUUAUUAGAAUUAGCGCCUCACUUUUAUGAAAAAACAUCUCUUGAUCCUAUUUAAUAUAAUUUUUGUAUGUAUAUACUUAAAAUAAUAAUGUAGUAUAAAAAAAUA